AUGAGUUCGCUCCGAGUACAAAAGCGACUCGCUUCAUCCAUCUUAGGAUGUGGCAAGAAAAAAGUCUGGCUCGAUCCCAAUGAAGCCAACGAAAUUUCCAAUGCCAACACUCGUCAAAGUGUACGUAAAUUAAUUAAAGAUGGUUUAAUUAUCAGAAAACCAGUGGCAGUUCACUCACGUUUUCGUACACGUAAGAACAUCGAAGCUCGCCGUAAGGGUCGACAUAUGGGUCAUGGUAAACGAAAAGGUACGGCCAACGCACGUAUGCCAACCAAAAUCCUCUGGAUUCGUCGUAUGCGUGUUUUACGUCGUUUAUUGAAAAAAUAUCGUGCUGCCAAGAAGAUCGAUCGUCACUUAUACCAUGAACUCUACUUGAAAUGCAAAGGUAACGUUUUCAAAAACAAACGUGUACUGAUGGAAUUUAUCCACAAGAAGAAAGCUGAAGUUCAACGUACGAAGAUGCUUUCCGAUCAAGCUGUCGCUCGUCGUGAACGUACAAAGGAAAAACGUGUUCGCCGUGAACAACGUAUUCUCCAAAAACGCACUGAACUUUUGGGUAAACAUCAAGAUGAUGAUGAUACAAAUGUAGCUGUUCAACAAGCUAUUGAACAAACAGCUGUUGCAACACCAGCAUCGCAAGCUCAACCCAAAGCAUCAACAAAGACAGCUGCUAAACAAGAAAAGAAAGAACAACAACCAGCUAAAACUCAACAACCGGCCAAAGCUCAACCACCAGCCCAACCACAACAACCGGUUAAACAACAAACACAACCAAAGAAGAAAUAA